AUGGGGCGACGUAAACGCUCGCACGGCGAGUAUGAAGGCGACAACAUGAUGGGAGUAGGCGACGCCUUGUCGCGCGUCCGAGACCCAGAAGACCCAACGCAGGAAUCGUCGACAUUGGCCCAAGAUGGCACUGAUUCCAAGGGAGAGUGGCAGACGGUCGAACACGGUCGCAACAAGAAGCGAAAGAAGGGCCCUGAAAAAGAGAAGAGCAACUAUCCCUCCAUUACGCAUUCCGCGCACUCCCGCCUCCAAAGCUUUGUAAAACUUGGUGAUUUGCAAAACCUUGUCCUCUACUUACUGGCCGAUGGCACCGCGCCUCAAUGGUGCUCUGUUCGCCAUCACAAGAGUAUAAGAAAGGUCGUGGUAUUGAUGGUCCCUGGACUUGAAGCGGGGUUUUUCGACGGCAAAAUUCCUCWUCUUCACGAAGCCGCCUCCAAUGAGGUUCAAGUACAACUCGCCAAGAACUCCGAGAACGAGGAGUCUCGCAGUGGCCUUCAGCCCAGGCAGGGCAGUGGUAGUGGAAAAGCCUCUCCUGACGACUAUUAUCCCGUAAAGCUCAGAUCAGAUCGCAUGCCCGCCUGCCUCCGUCCGCUCAGCAAUAUAUUCGAGCACAUCUGGCCCAUCAAGACCCCUGGAGAUGACAAGUACGCGAAAAUGCACUCUCCAUUGACUGGCAUGCUGUCCGCACCGAUGCUCAAGGUCAAAGAGGAAAAGAAGAGCAAAGGCCACCAGCCUUCUACCAAUGGCCGAAACGGGUCAAGCAAACGCACACCUGUCACUGAAUUUCUUGCCACUACCCAGGAGCUCACCGAAGAAGGUUACAUAAUGCAUCCUUCGCUAUUCUCGGGCUCAAGCGACGUGGAAGCCGAGGCUGCGCGACGCAUUAGUGGCAAGACCUCGAUUGCGGAUGGCUGGGUUGACUCUGCAAACAUCACCAGUCUUGCAUCAGGUGCUGUCCCGGACCAAGAUGUCGAGGAAGGGUCUGUCACUGCUGGUAGGAACGUCCUCGCGAUGGAUUGCGAGAUGUGCAUAACGUCUCCAGCCGGACAGACACCUCAGACAUUCAGCCUCACACGGAUCUCGUUGAUUGACUGGGAUGGCGAGGUCGUCCUCGAUGAGCUCGUUAGGCCGGCCAACCCAAUCACGGACUACUUGACUCCGUAUUCUGGCAUCACGGCCUCAAUGCUCGAGGGAGUCACCACGACCCUCUCCGAUAUCCAGCAGAAGCUGCUAGGCAUCAUUACUCCGCAGACCAUCAUCAUUGGCCACUCGCUAAAUAGCGAUUUCAAUGCCCUUCGACUCACACAUCCAUUCGUCAUCGACACAGCCCUCCUUUUCCCACAUCCGCGUGGGCCACCUCUCAAGUCUUCACUCAAGUGGCUUGCUCAGAAGUACCUAUCGCGCGAGAUUCAGAAGGGCCAUGGCUCUACUGGCCACAAUAGCGUGGAGGAUGCCCGCGCAUGUUUGGACCUUGUCAAGCAAAAGUGUGAAAAGGGAAAGGCUUGGGGCACCUCCGAAGCUAACCACGAGAGUAUAUUCAAACGAYUCUAUCGCGCCAACAGAGAAAAGCGUGACAAGGUGAAUCCCAGUGGCGAUGACGAGCCCAGGCUGGGUGCUGUUGUCGACUGGGGCGAACCGACGCGGGGACACGGGGGACAAGCAAAGGUCGCCAUUGGUUGUCAGAGCGAUGCUGAUGUUGUCAAAGGGAUCAAGCACGCCGUCAAGGGCGAUGAGGAUGGCGCAUCUGUUCCCACCGGUGGCUGUGACUUUGUGUGGGCCCGCUUCCGCGAGCUUGAGGCACACCGGGGGUGGUGGAAUCGGUCCAAGGUCGCCGACUCGGAGACUUUGAGAACCGCCACUGAUUCCAAAGUGACGGGAUUGUCGCUGGAGGAUGUUGUGAAGCAGACCACCCAGAACAUUACCGAUGUGUACGAUGCAUUGCCCCCUUGCAGCGUGUUGAUCGUGUAUAGCGGUUCAGCUGACCCGCGAGAGCUCCAAGAAAUGCAAAACUCGCAGCAGAAAUUCAAAGCGGAGUACCGCGUCAAGAAGUGGGACGAACUAAGUGUCAAAUGGACGGAUGUCGAAGAGCAGAAGUUGAGGAAGGCUUGCGAGACGGCUCGGCGUGGAGUUGGCUUCAUUAGCGUCAAGUGA